GGGGAUCGCAAACAGCCUUUUUCUUUCUUCCAGCCCCCCAGUCCAGCAACCUGAUCAAUGCAUGUGAUUGACCAAGAUAUCAAUUCAAAGCAAACCUGCAAAGCAAUUUUCAUAACACCACCCCCUGCGCCGCCAUGUUGUCAACAGCUGCCCGCGGCACCUCGAUCGAGGUCCAACCUGACGUCAGCCUUCACGUCGAGAUUAUCGACAAGAACAACAAUGAAGAUAACACAAUCGACUGCGCCAACACCCCAACAAUUGUCUUUCUGCAUUACUGGGGAGGGUCAACACGCACCUGGUCCAAGGUGAUCCCGCUCGUGCACGCUUCAGAAGAACAUGCGCAUCAUGCUCAUUAUCAUUACCGCACCGUUGCCAUCGACUUUCGCGGCUGGGGCGAGUCCACUGGCCCUUCGCACGCCGGCGCCUACUCCAUCGCACACCUCGCCGCAGACAUCGACACCGUGCUAGAACGCCUGCAACUGACGACAGUCUACCUCGUAGGGCUCAGCAUGGGCGCCAAGGUUGCUCAGGCCGUCGCAGGCCGGGGCAACGUGAAGGGAUUGAGGGGCCUCGUGCUGGUGAGCCCGGCGCCGCCAACGCCGCUCGUCUUGCCUCCCGAGGCCAGCGAGCAGCAGGUCCAUGCGUACGAGACCUGGCAGAGCGCCGAGUUUGUGGCGCGGAAUGUGCUGCUGUCGUCGCCGGAGGCUAUUGACGAUGAGCUGCUGAAACAGGUUGUUGGGGAUAUGCUAAGAGGGAAGGCGGAGGCGAAAGCUGCAUGGCCUGCGUACGCCAUGGGGGAGGACAUCAGUCCGCUGGCAGGGCGGAUCAAAGUGCCGGUGCAGGUUGUUGCAGCGGCCAAGGAUGUUGUUGAGCCUCUAGAGCGGGUGAAGACAGAGGUCUGUGCAAAUAUUGAGACCUGUGGCUUGGUGGUGCUGCCCGGGGCGGGUCAUCUUUCGCCUCUGGAAGCACCAGAAGAAGUCUCCAAGUACAUAGUAGACUUCAUUGGAGGCUUGGAGGAUGUUGGACCUCGUGCCCAAUAGGCAGAAAGAACCGUCUAUACAAGCUGCUUCUUGCCUCUAG